AUGUAUUCUUCAGACAGGGUUCGGACCGUCAUGGAGCAGCUCGCUUCUAUGAAUCCAUACACGAACGCAAAAAGUUUACCCGAAGUCCCGCGUCCCGACGAGUUAUCGAUUCCACGGAAGCUUUCUUCACGCCUUCAGAUUCCGUAUGUUCAGAAUAUACUCAACUCACUUUCGUACAAUUUUCUUCCUAAUACAUUUUUUUGUCUUGAGAAACACCGGUCGCUGCAGAGCAUUCUUUUUACCUCGAAAGAAAUCCUCGCAGAGGCGCUUCCGAUCCGUUGCCUUGAAGCUACAUUUGUGGGACUCUAUCUCACACAGGAUCUGAAGGAUGUUGACCGCAUUCCCCUUUCGUUUAAAUCGCGUGCGAAGGGGCGUGCAUAUCAUCAUAUUGUUCUCGUAAUACGCUGCAAUUCCAUGUACGGGGCGGUGGGACUUAGUCGGAAGUCCACACUUAUGGACAAACCCCUAAUUUACAAUGGUCUUUACCAACUAAUUAUGGAGUACAAAAAGCAGUACGAGGCAAUAGGACACGAACUGGUGGACUUCAAGUUGGGAUUAUGUGUCAAUCAUAAGCGAGAUUCGCGGAAAGCCCCGUGCUGGCGCUACAUAGCGGUUAAACUUGGUAGGUCGACCGCUCCUUCGACUUCCACAUCUCCACGCCCACAGGAACAGCAAGAAGAGGUAAGUACGAAUGAGGUCGAUGUAUCACUUAUAUCUAAUAGUGGGGGUUGUAGCUGUGGGGACGGCAUUGAAAAAAUGUUGAAAUGUUAUUCAGAUUUGCUUUGUAGGCUCUCAGAAGAAUAUGACAACCUUUUGACAUCCUAUUCACGUGGAGCAUCGAACAAUAAUCAACAGGUGUGCUUGAAAGACCUACACGACAUGGAUAAUAGCUCCGCAAAGGUGGAGAAUAGGAGAAGGUUGGAGGAGCUACGUCAGGGUCGCUCGCCGUGCGGUUCUGUUGGAACGCGGUGCAAGAAACGCAGCGCGUCCCGGUCGGUUUCGAAGAAGCGCGCGGUAUCCCAAAAUGAUGUACCGUCGACAGAUAGGUCAAGGGUGGUUAGGCUUUCUUCCGCAGUUGCUACCAAGAAAACUGCUCGAAGAGAAAAGGCUGCUGCUGCAAACUAUCGACAGCCCGCAGCGUCUGACCUUAAACAACCCCGUGAGUUUUCGUCUGCGUCAGGCGAGAAAGGUGAUGGCCAGUUACCGCACGUUUCUAGGGGUACUAAUGGCAAUAUAUCCCCAGAGCGAGCGUGCCGGGCGGCAGAGGAAGGGUGCGCUGCGAACCCUGGGGAAGAGGUUACGGGAGAGCGUCAGAGUGUGCGUAAUCCACUCUUAUCUCUGGCACUCCCACUGUUGGAUUCGAAAGGUGGUGAGUUAGGCCUGACAACUUGCCAGGCAACUGACCGCUGGAUGUUGCCAAAUUCAGCAAAGGGUGCCAAUAUUAACGAUGUGGGCCGAUCGUAG